AUAUAAUGGGAAGAAAUAAAAUUGACAUUCAAUAUCUAAAAGAUGAUCGUAUAAGAAAUGUAAAUUUAUUAAAUUAAUUACUUAUUCUAUUAUUUUAAGAACCACUUUAUAAUUUAAAUAACUAAUUAAUAUUAUUUUAGAUCACAUUCAAUAAAAGGAAAAAUGGUUUAUUAAAGAAAGCCUGUGAAUUAGCUGUAUUGUGUAACAUAAAAAUGCUGUUGUGUUUUAGUGAUUUAAGUGGAAAUGUGUAUUAAUUUAUUUCAAAUGAAAAUAUUGAAAUGGAAAUGAUAUAAUCAAAUCAUAAGAAAGUUUUCACUAAGUAGGAUGUAUAUAUAUAUAUCUAUAUUUAUAGUAUCCAGGAUUUUAAAAGAGAAAGGAAAGUGAAUCUUAAUCAGAUUUAGAGAGUGAAUAAAGUAUAGAACCAAAAAGAACAAGAGCUUAAAUUCAAUAAUAAUAGAUUUAAAAAAUAAAUUAUUAGUAAUAAACUAAGAAUUACUAAUAGUAAAUAGGAUAAAGAAAUAAAGUAUUAUAAAAUUUUGAUAAAAUACAUUAAUAUUAAUAAUAACCUGAAUUAUAAUAAGAUUAAGGUUCAAGAAAAAUGGUCAAAAUAGAAAACAAAUAAGAAGAAUAGGAUAUGUUGAAGUCUAAGAUGAGAGUUAAAAAUAGAAUGAAUAACAAUGAUGAAAUAGUUGUUAAUGAUAUAAUUGAUCAUUAAUAAGCUAGAAAUUUUGAUGAUCUCUAUUAAUGUGGAAAUUAAUAUGAUGAGUAAUCGAAUUCAUAACAAGAUCAUUAAGAUUAUAAAUAGUAAUUAUCAAUGUUUACUAAUUCUAACCCGAUUAAAUAUAUGAAAAUGGAUAGUUUACUUAACGGUAUCAAUAACAAUAACAGUAAACCAAUUAAUUUUUUAAGUGAAUAAUAUAACAAAUUCUUUAAUAAAGAUAGAGUAUAUAAAAUUAUUAAUAUAGAUUGAUUCUCUUAAUAAUAGUAAAGUAUUACAACCUAGUGUUUAAUUUAUAGUUCCACCUUAAGUAUAUUUUAAUAUUCCUCCUUCUCCAAUUGUUUAAGCUAUGAAUAAAGUAUAUGUUGGAGUGGAUGAACCUAAUGAAUAUAAUUUAGGAUAGUCUUAAAAUAUGGAUGGAUUCAAAAAAUACUCUAAAUGA